AUGAAAGCAUAUGAGACAACUACCACUAUCGUAGAGGUUGAGUUGCCUCCUAUGCAUUCUACCCGAUUGGGUCUGGCAUUGAAUUUCUUAAUAUUCUCUUAUGAGAUCUUGAAUUCAUCUGAAAGGGCCUAUCGCCUUGCAAAGCAAGCCUUCGAUGAAGCAACAUCAAAGCUUGACAAUUCACUCAAACUCAUGAAUGUUACCAGGCAAGCAUUCCCAAUAAUCACCCUUAACCCCACUCGCAAAACAGCCCCAGUAGCAAGAGCAUCCUCCGGUGGCAUUCCCCGUCUUCAAACAUAA